AGCCUUAGCUGUCAAUGAAGACCCCAGUCAUCUUAGAAAGGUUGAUGGACAAUGGCAAAAACAAGACAGUAAAACUGGAGAAUGGUCAAAUAUUGACAAGAAUUUUGAAAAACAACUUAAUAAAAUUGUAUCCUCAACAAAUAAACCCAAGAAGAAGAAAAAUAGAAAAGAAACCAAUCCUAAUGGAAACCGUGAGAAAUCUGCCAAAGCCAAACAGAAUGAAAUGUUGGUAACUGAACUCGAGGAAAGAAUGAGACUGGAAGAUGGAGAAUGGAAAAAGAUAGAUCCAGUGACCAAAGAGACUUUGCCAUUGUCUCCAAAGGAGUUGCAACUAUUACAAACAGAUGGUAUUGUUGCUAUGGAGACUAAUACAUUAAAGGAGAUAGAUGGU